AUGUUUGUUGGUGAUGACACGACCGCCGAGCUCCAGACUUCACUACACCAGCCCUCACUACACCAGCCCUCACUACACCAGCCCUCACUACACCAGACCUCCCUACACCAGACCAGCCCUCACUACACCAGACCUUACUACACCAGACCAGCCCUCACUACACCAGACCUCACUACACCAGACCAGCCCUCACUACACCAGCCCUCACUACACCAGACCUCACUACACCAGCCCUCACUACACCAGACCAGCCCUCACUACACCCUCACUACACCAGCCCUCACUACACCAGCCCUCGCUACACCAGACCUCACUACAGCAGCCCUCACUACACCAGCCCUCACUACACCAGACCAGCCCUCACUACACCAGACCUCACUACACCAGACCAGCCCUCACUACACCCUCACUACACCAACCCUUGCUACACCAGCCCUCGCUACACCAGACCUCACUACAGCAGCCCUCACUACACCAGACCUCACUACACCAGCCCUCACUACAACAGACCAGCCCUCACUACACCCUCACUACACCAGCCCUCACUACACCAGCCCUCACUACACCAGCCCUCACUACACCAGCCCUCACUACACCAGACCUCACUACACCAGCACUACACCAGCCCUCACUACACCAGACCUCACUACACCAGCCCUCACUACACCAGACCAGCCCUCACUACACCAGACCUCACUACACCAGCCCUCACUACACCAGCCCUCACUACACCAGCCCUCACUACACCAGCCCUCACUACACCAGCCCUCACUACACCAGACCUCACUACACCAGCCCUCACUACACCAGCACUACACCAGCCCUCACUACACCAGCCCUCACUACACCAGCCCUCACUACACCAGACCUCACUACACCAGCACUACACCAGCCCUCACUACACCAGACCAGCCCUCACUACACCCUCACUACACCAGCACUACACCAGCCCUCACUACACCAGACGGUAUAAACCAGACUUUAUUAGACCAGCAGCGAGGAGCUGAGUGA